AUUCUGGACCGACUUUCCCCAGGCAGUCGUCACCGUGACCACACUUCCCGUACAGGACAGCCCAGAAAUGAAUGGGGCUAACACUUCCGUGGCUGCAGCCCUUGGGGGUGGGCCAGCGCUCCAGGCUUUUGUCCUUCUUUCUAUCUGUCCAGCACUCCCAGAAUGCGCUUAAUGAACGCCUGUGGAUGCUGGUGAUGCUGGUGGUGCUGGUGGCGGGGUGCGGCUGAGAACUCCGGGAGCUCUGUUGUCAGGAAGGCUGCUCUGCUGUCAAGUUUCCCUUUUCCUGGGGAAGUAAUAGUCGAGCUGGUUCGAUGCAGCGAGAUCGGGGGAAUCAGUGCACUUCCCGCUGGCGCAUCGAAUUGAAUUAGAGAGGGUGAUGGGACAUCGCCGAUGUUAGGGUCUUGGCUUUCAUUCGGGUGACCACGGAAUUACAGAUGAGCCGACUGGCUUGGCUAGAGUGGAUGGAGGAGGGAAAGCGGGAGAGCUAGCCUUUAUGGCCCUCUGAGCAGUGAUAGGACAUGGUAAGGCCGGUCAGACACGCCAUCAGGUGAAGGACAGUCUUCUUUCUGAGAGAUGGAGGCCCCGGAGCAGGAGCCGCAGCGGGAGCCGCAGCGGGAGCCCCAGCGGGAGCCGCAGACCCCAGCCUCAUCCAAGGGGCCUGUGGCUGCGGCAGCAGCUGCAGCGGCGGCUGCGGCGGUGGAGGCAGCGCUGCCCCUGUCCCUGAUGCAGGUGCACUGCCAAUGCCACAUGUGUGCCAGCAGCUUCCAGGCCCAGAUGAGCCUCAGCGUCCACUUCAAGGAGCGCUACGCCCCCAAGACCUACGAGUGUGCCGAGUGCCAGAAGACGUUCAAGCAGAAGGGCAGCCUGACGGUCCACGAGCGCAUGCAUACCGGAGAGAAGCCCUAUGUGUGCCUGGACUGCGGCAAGUGCUUCCGGAACGGGGGCAACCUCACGGUGCACCGGCGGGUCCACACCGGCGAGCAGCCGUACCGCUGCGAUGCGUGCGGCACGGGCUUCAGCCAGAAGGGAAGCCUGGUGGUGCACCUGCGGAUCCACACCGGACAGAAGCCCUACGAGUGCACGCAGUGCGGGAAGAGGUUCAGCACCAGGGGCAACCUGGUCAAGCACCUCCGCGUGCACACGGGGGACCGGCCGUACAAGUGCGCGCAGUGCGACAAGAGCUUCACGCAGAGGGGCAGCCUGACGGUGCACAUGCGGAGCUGCGCCAGGGCCGCUCGGCUCGCCUGCUGCCUGCCCGACAGCUGUUUCUCUUGAGUUUCCUGACCUUUCCGGCCCCCACGGAGCCGGCUGGCCCCCGCUGGGCUCUCUUAAGUCUCCCAAGCGGAGCGCCAGGUCCCGGCUCUCCUCUUCUUUUGUGGCCUCUCCUGGCGCCUGUCUGCUUCCGCGGCCCUUCCUUCUCUUGCCUAUCGGACUGCAAAGGAGCGUCUGUGGUUUGGGGCCGCUCUGCGGGUCUCCAGUGCGAAGGGGUGGGGUGGGGGCGGGGCGGGAUCCGAGCUCCUCUUAUCCAGCCAGACUUGGGGUGCUGCGGUUCCUGCUGGCUGCCCGAAGAGAAGGACCCGAGUUCUUCAGGGCAGAAUUUAGGAUUGAUGCCGCCCCUCCGCCGUGAACUUUGACUUGAAGUUUGCUUUGCCAAAACGUAGUUAUUGUGCGUAAGAGCUACCCAAUACGUAAAAUGUACCCUUUCGUGUAUAUACCUUUUGCCAUUUAUUGGCCGAAAUGAAAAAAUCCAUAGAGGCCGGGCGGCCAGAGAUGUCUAGAGUGAGCUGGGGAGUCGGUAAGGAGCACCCUCUCUCCCCAUCAGCCGCCUUCCGGUGGAACAUUGACCGUGUCUGUUACAGCUUCCACCUUUGAGCCGCUGCCUGCCCCGUACAACUACCAACAGCUGCCAUUCCAGGAGCAUUUCUGACACCCCCCAAUGUUUGUUGCCCGAAUAAACAUUACAAUAAAGUGCCUGAUUUGUAGGUAUUCA